AUGGGUCUGUCGAAAGAGAACGUAACAGGUCUUAUUCUAGCGUUGGCAUCGAGUGUUUUCAUUGGGUCAAGUUUUAUUAUUAAGAAACAAGGUCUUAGAAGAGCAGCUUCUGCUUUUGGUGUUAGGGCUGGUGUUGGUGGGUAUUAUUAUCUAUUGGAACCACUAUGGUGGGUGGGGAUGAUUACAAUGAUUGUUGGAGAGAUUGCAAACUUUGUCGCAUAUGCUUUUGCUCCCGCCGUUUUAGUUACCCCUCUCGGCGCAUUGAGUAUUAUCGUGAGUGCUGUUUUAGCCGACAUAAUUUUGAAAGAGAGACUACAUAAGCUUGGGAUAUUGGGCUGUGUAAUGUGCAUUGCUGGUUCUUUCAUUAUUGUUAUCCAUGCUCCUAAGGAAGAACCUAUCACGUCGGUUCUGCAGAUAUGGAAUAUGGCUACUCAACCAGCCUUUCUAGCGUAUGCCGGCUCUGUAAUAGUAUUGGUGUUCAUUCUGGUUUUCCAUUUUGCACCAAAAUGUGGACAUACUAAUGUGCUGGUUUUUACCGGCAUUUGUUCAUUGAUGGGUUCCCUCUCUGUGAUGAGUGUCAAAGCACUUGGAACUUCUUUGAAAUUAACUUUUGAAGGGAAAAAUCAGUUAAUUUAUCCAGAGACAUGGUUUUUUGUGUUAGUUGUGGCCAUAUGCGUCGUCAUGCAAAUGAAUUAUCUUAACAAGGCUCUUGACACCUUCAACACGGCAAUUGUGUCUCCUAUAUACUACGUCAUGUUUACAACGCUUACAAUACUGGCCAGUGUUAUAAUGUUCAAGGAUUGGGAUGGCCAAAGUUUUUCGACUAUUGUAUCAGAAAUAUGUGGCUUUAUUGUUGUACUUUCUGGCACAAUAAUGUUACAUCUGACCAGGGACUUCGAGCGAAGCCAUUCUUUUAGAGGCAGCUUGCCUACGUCACCUACAUUAUCUGUCCGGCUUUAUACUGGAAACGGAGACUUGUUACUCAAGGAAGAUGAAUCUCCUGAUAAUACAUGCUAA